UGGAAAGGAGAUACGUAUAAAAUCGAGCCCGUUAUCUGUCCAGAGUUGGGUAAACCAAAAUGUGGUAAUAAUAUUGAGCCUGUGAAAGUUCGCACCGAAAACGGAUGUUGUGAGCAGUGGGAAUGUGAAUGUGAAUGUGAUGUAUGGGGAGACCCUCAUUAUACCACAUUUGGCGGUUUGUCAUAUGACUUCUUUGGUAACUGCACAUAUACACUAGUGGAAGAAAAAAUCCCAAAGUACAAUUUCUCAGUUCUGGUGGAUAAUUAUUUUUGCAUCCCCUUCAUAAAGAACUCUUGCCCAAAAGGCCUAAUUAUCUCUUAUAAUGGAAACGUUGUGCAUAUUUCAACUGGGAGAGAAUAUGUGUUAACAGUCAAUGGAAUAAACGUGAAACUUCCCUACAAUUCAAAAGGAUUUAGCAUUACAAAAUUAGGCUCCAGCACACGUAUUUUUAUUCCUGACAUUCGAACAGUAAUUAAUGCUCUCCGUAAUGCCUUUAAGAUCAGAGUACCUGAAAAAUACUUCUUUAACAACACUCAAGGCCAAUGCGGAUCCUGCUCUGCAGACCAAUGCAUUAGAAAAAAUGGCAAAGUUGAGCCUUCUGACUGUUGUCACAAAACUGCAUUUGAUUGGAAAGUUGAUGAUCGCAGUAAACCUUACUGUGAUUCAGCUCCCACUAAUGUUCCCUGUAGACCCCCUCUUCCUCCACCAACAUGCCCCGGUGUGAAAACAAUCUGUGAUAUCAUUCAUGGAGAACCAUUUGGAGAAUGCAGAAGGAAGAUCGACCUUAAGCGGUUUGUCAAUAGUUGUGACUUUGACCACUGUGUUCUCAAUUCCACUGCUGACUGUAGUAGCUUGGAAGCUGCUGCUGCCGCCUGUGCAAGUGUGGGGGUGUGUGUGGAUUGGAGGAAUUACACAAAUGGAAAAUGCAAUUAUAUCUGUGAUGAAGGUUUAGUAUACAAGCCAUGUGCAAGGAAUAACAGUGACUAUUGUGAACAUAAUGUGGUGAAAGCUGGAGAGAUGUUCAACCCAGCUGAGGAAGGCUGCUUUUGUCCAGAUGGAUUGGUCUUUUCUGAAGACAGGUCCAAAUGUGUUCCUUUUUGUGAAAGUUGCCAUGACUAUUUAGGACGGCCAAGAAAGAAUGGUGAGACAUGGGAAGAUCCUACAAAUCCGUGCAUUUCAUAUUCAUGCACACCGUAUGGAGUUUUAAUCAGAAAUCAGUCUUGCAUUCAGGAUGAAACCUGCCCUAAGUCUCAAAGAACCUAUAUCAAUCGUUGCUGUUUUAAAUGCAAUCAAAUACAAGGUCAAUGCGCAAUCAAUAAAUUCAAUGAAACAAUAACAAAAGGAUAUUGUACAGCAACCUUUAUGGCAAACCGAUGUCAAGGACAUUGUGCAUCAGCAAGUUGGUAUGACACCAAAAGAUAUCGCGUGGACAAUUUUUGCCAGUGCUGCAAAGAAGCCAUUACUGAAAAGAUGAGUUUGAAAUUAUAUUGUCAAAAUGGACGCACCAAGAGAGUCAAAUACAUCGCAAUCAAGUCUUGCAAAUGCCAAAAUUGUGGAAAAUAGAUAUAAAUCGCUGCUGUAUAUGUACAUCUACUGUACCAAGGAUCAAGGUUUCAAAAUCUUGCAUGGAAAACUUUUCAAUGCAAUAUUAAAACUAAAUUUGGGAAAUAAUCUGCAUUAUAUUUUGAUAGAUUUAUUAUCUUCAAUCAAAUGUAAUAAUAGUUUCUUAAAAGCUUAAAAUGCUGUUUCUGUUCAAGGCUCUUGGUGAUGGGAAGCGGUGGAAUAUUUACAGUUCUGAUGUUAAGUGCCUGUUACAAUUUAUUUGAUCAGAGAUAAGAACCAAUAAACUUAACAAUAACAA